AGUCUGAGAUUGGCUGUCGUGAGGUUGGGUGUAGUGCUCGUCUCUGUGUGACCAUCCUUGUACAUUUACACGCGAGGAAACUUAUUUCUUGUGGGUGCAAAAGGAUCUGCAAAAUAUUGUAAAAACACAAUAAAAAAGUACUGUUAUGUGGAAACAUCUUUGAAACAUCUACAAUAAGAUACUUAAAAGUGCAGCAAGAUGGCUCACCCUUCCCUGAUCAAGAGCAUUGGGGAGAAAGUGCUUGGCCACAACGGCCUGGUCGACCUCAACGAUGUUUGUGGACCUGAGAGAGUGAUCGGUCUCUAUUUCUCGGCUCAUUGGUGCCCUCCUUGUAGGGUGUUCACACCUCAACUGGUGGCCUUGUACAAGCAUCUCAAGGAGAACACCAAGCACCAACUGGAGGUGAUCUUUGUGAGUAGUGACACGGAGGAAGCCGCCUUCCACGACUACUACAGCAGCAUGCCCUGGCUGGCUCUUCCCUUCACAGAGACCAAGCGAAAGAUCCGCCUAUCACGCCAGUACCGGGUGUCAGGGAUACCAUCACUAGUGCUUGUGGACAGCCGCAGCGGACGCCUGCUGACCAAGGCAGGACGGGAGAUGGUCACUAAUGACCCUGAGGCCUUGAACUUUCCCUGGCGACCGCGACCCAUAGGCGAGUUGCUAGCAGCCACCAAACUGGUAGAUACUCAAGGCCAACAGGUCGCCUACGACACCAUCAAGGACGCCUACAAGGGCCUCUACUUCUCUGCUCACUGGUGUCCCCCGUGCAAAGCCUUCACCCCACAGCUGGCGACCGCCUACGCUAAACUCAAGAACAAUGAACGAGAUUUUCAAAUCAUCUUUAUUAGUUCAGACAGAUUUAGAAAAAGGUCACAAAUGAUUGUGUCAAGAAAUAAAUUUCAAUACAUACUGUUUUUAUAUCUUCAGAGAUUCCCUUGGCGGCCUCAGAGUGUAGAAGUGCUGGCAGAACGACACAUGUCUCGUCUUCAGGAGAGCCCCUGCCUCGUUCUCUUCACAGGUAAAUCUUGCAGUACCUUGUGGCAAAAUCGAAAACAUAUGCCCCCUGUUUUAAACUGGCACUCGCAGAGGGGAGGUGGGGACUUUUUUCUGCCCAAAACAUCAUGGCAUUUUUCUUUGGCCGGUGCGCCCCAGAUGUCACAAGAUGAAGUGGCUGACAGUGUAAGAGAUUUUGCAUGCCUGGAGGAUGUAGUCCCUCUAGUAGCCAUCCUCGAUUUGUCAGAUGGCGCUAAAUUUUUGUUAGAGGAGGGUGUCGAGGUCUCGACUGCCACCGUCCACAAUUUUGUUACUCGAUACACAAAUGAAAAACUCAGUCCACUGCCCAUUAGACCGGUCACAACCAGUGCUACUAACACAAGCUAACACAACUUGUAUAUUAUGUAGAAUUAUAAGGCAAAGUAGUGUUAGAAUAGUAACCCUGCACAGCAUCUGGGAUAAAAUGGUAUUUGUUAUUACAUUAAUAACUAUUGUAUUAGUUUGACAAUGUUAAUGGGUAUAUGCUGAAUAAAUUUUAGAUAACUUUGAUUAUAAAACACAUUUCAGCAAGUUUUGCUUGUUAUACUAUGUUGAAAGAAAAUAUGUGAUAUAGACAAUCAAGAAUCUACUGAUUAUUUUCAUUACUUUUAGCAGUCAUAAAACCAAGUAACCACAAGUAUGAUUUUGCAGUACAUUGAUGCAAAAUUCCAGGCUGCAAAUACAUACGUACACUACUGUAUAUGUUAUAUUUAUGUAAUUAAGAUUGUAUUUAUGAAAAUACAGAUUAUGUUGUAUUCACUAGAUGCAAAAGAAAAAGUCUGCAGUUGGUGUAUUGAAAAUUCUGAGAAUGGCUUUGAGAAAUAUAUUAUUAAUGGUAUAUAGUACUGACAAUUUGAUGAAUAAGACAUGUAACACUUGGGUAUUAUUAUUGCUGAAGCAUUUCACCCACACAGUAGGCUUCUUCAGUGGAUAAUUAUAAUCAGGAAGGAGCACUAAACCCAUAGGAUUAAACAGCUGGGGGGGUUAAAGGUAUUCAGACUCAAUUCAGGGAACUGGAGCACAGAUCCAAUUCCCUAGAUCAAGAGCACCUCACCAGCAUCAAGUAAUCUCCUUUGAGGGGUUCUUCAGUGGAAUACAGGUGAAUAUAAAACCAGAUAGAGGGACUGAUCACCUUAAAAUGACUUCUGCCUCCAGUUUCAUAUUCACUUGUAUUCAACUGAAGAAUCCUGCUAUGUAGGCAAAACCUUUAGGCAAUAAAGAUACCCAAGUGUUACUCUUAUUUUAUUAAUUUUCUUGAGAAAAUUAGAGCACUGCUUGUUUUAAAGUUACUUAUGAAGCAUCCUUUUAUCCUUUAUUAAAUUAUAAAAAAAAAAUUUAUAUGCUCUGUUGGAGAUUAUGCAGAAUUUCAGUAUGAACAGGAAAUUUUUAUAUUUUUGUACUUAAGAGGGGAAAGUGCUACUCAGAGGUCAUACAGUGCCUGGGGGGAUGUAAGGCAACCAGACUCAGUCCAAGGGAAGGACAUGUCCAAUUUAUUGCAUCAAGGAAUCUCCUUUGAAGAAAGGAGAUACAUUUAAACAUUCUAGCAUUACCAUAGUCAGGAUAAUCGUGCAAAUUGUCUAUAUUAAUUAAUCUUGCCUUUUCUUUUAAAUGUGAGUUCCUAGUGUUAGAAAUUAGAGCUACCCCUCCCAUCCUCAGAUCAAACCUAGUUACUUUUUAUUCCCCUGGCACAAAAUGACCAAGAGUUUAGUACUCCUGUAAUGCACUGUAUUAGUUAUUUGCACUAGCCAACAAAAUUGAACUUUUUAUCAGGUUCAGAAACCAAAUUGGUUCUUUUAACCUAACAUUAAUGUGCUGAUCACAACUGAGCUUAUCAUGUACUUUUUUUUUUUUUAAUUUAUGAUCAAUAUUUUGGAUAUUUAAUAUUGAAGAACCUAGCCAUUGUAGGUACUGUAUAAUGCAGAUAUUAAGUGUUGUGCAUGCAAUGAUAAAAUCUAAUCUCACUUAAAGUAAAAUUAUAUAUGCACAACAAAAAUAAAUAUCUAUGCAAACCAUACCAUGGGUGGGGAUAGAACCCGCAAUCAGAGCAGUUAUACAACCAUGCUUACAUCAUAAUUUUCAAACUUUUUACUUGUGCUGAGUAUCGCUCUCCCACAGCAGUGUUCAGCAGAAGUCAGCCAUCAAACUGAUCAUUGGGUUUCCAUGAUUCUCCAUGAUGGCUGUCUUGGUGAUCACUGUGGUUCUGUUUUACAGAAACUGUAUGUUGGAGCAGAGCUAAGCUUGGAUUCGAAACCCAUGUCUCAAAAUUAAGAACAUGUUUUUAUAUGUGAACUGAAACCAUUUUUGGCCACUGUUGUCUACUGUAAAUUAAACUGAAGUGUUAAUUAUAUUCAUAUAAAAGAUUUAACCCCAUUUGGAUCACUGAAUUAUAUGCUUAUUGUGAUUGUAAAUUUACUUGCCAAUCUGUUGAAUAUCAACAACUAUUGAAUAGUACCAUAAAUUGUAAUAAAUCUAAUGUGCUGUUACAGACAGAGGUGGGAACAAACAAAAAUUACUCUGGCAUAAAUGCAAAUGUUACUAAUAAGUAAUGCUGAAGAAUUUAAAAUUAACAAGUUAGGCCACAAGAUAUGACCUGGGUACUGCUAAAUAUUCAAAGUAAUAAGUGUACUGAUAAUUUCCUAACUACUGAGUAAAUAUUUACAUUUUGCCUUUGUAAUUUUUUGUACCUCUGUAUGUAUGCUUAAAUUACUAAAUAAAUAAAUAAAUAAAUAAAUAAUUUAAACAUUGUAAAUAUAAAGCUAUAUAAUGCAUUAGCCAUAUAGUGUUUUUAUAAAACAUUACCAGAGUAAUGGUAAAUUACAAGACAGAGCACCUGUAUAAUUUUUAUACAUUAUUGUUUACACCAUCACUUUUAUUAAUAUAUUUAGUCUAGCUCUUAUAAAUUAUUCAAAAGUUAAAAUUAUCCAAAUUACCUAAAAUCAGAGUUAGUUUUUUUUUUUGUGCAAGAAAGGUCAUGGUAAUAAAGGUACCUACUCAUUAAGGCUUAGUGAAAAAAUUACAAAAUAUCAACUGUCUAAAAGAUAAAACAGAAACUUCUUGAAUGACAAAAGAUAAAGGAUGUCAGGGGAAGACAAGGAAGUAUUUUUAUUAUUAUUACAAUCAUAACUAAGCCCUAAACCCACAAGGAAGUAUAGCUGUUUGUUCUAGGGAAUAGUUAGGAAAUGGAAAAAAAAAAAGUACAUCAUUCUGUUAUAGCAUUCGAAACAAAAGCACAAGAACAAUGGAAUUAAUGAAAAAAAAAAUAAUGAAACUUUAUGGCAGGAGACAUGUGACUCAAGAU